UUGGAACUAGUAGUUCCAUCUCCCCCAUAAGUCAUAUCCAGCUCUCUCUCCCUUCUAAUUAAGAGUUUCCGAUGUCUUCUGCUAUUAGAGAAUCAGGCGAUGAUCACAAUCAUCAAUCUCACGAAGAAAUAAUCGAGAUGAAAUCAUUAUUAAAGAUGCUUGUUGAAUCUCAGAAUAAACAAGCAGAAUCUCUCGCUAAACUAGCAGACUCACAAGCAAAUACUCAGCAACAGAUCAUAGAAAUUUUAAAGACUACCAAUAGAGAUGGUAAUAAACAGAAACAAAAAGAGGUAGAGAUGCCAGGUGAAGAUACUGCCAGCGCCAGCACUAAUAAGCAAGAGACUGCACAGGUACCUGAUCUUAAACAUGAACAACAAGGCCUAAUUUUGGUACCGUCGGUCAACAAAUUGAUACCUGAAGAUACUGCCGGCACUCGUGGCGCUGCUGGUGAACAAGAGAUUGAAAAGGUAUCUGAUGAUGACGAUGAUGAUGAAGAACCUGAAUUAGAAGGUGGUUCGGAGGCAUAUUAUGUUCCUGGGUUACACAACGAACUAUACGAAGCACUAAAAGACAAUGACUUGGAAAAGGCUACCGAGUAUCUUAAUAACAAUCCUAAAGCGUAUGAAGAAGGGAUUGCAUAUGACAAAUCCACAGUAUUGCAUAUGGCAAUUUGUUGGAGUAGAAAGAAAAUCAUAGAAGAUAUUGUGAACCGCAUGCCACCAGAUGGACUUGGAUACAAAAGAAGCAGUAAUCAUUGUCACACAGCACUUCAUCUUGCCACCUUCCGCGGAUACACAAAAGUUGCUAAGAUGAUGGUAGAUAAGAACUCCAUCUUGCCUCAGAUCCGAGAUGAAGAUAGAUGGACACCACUCGAGUAUGCUCUUUCAAAUGUUUCAUCUGGACAGAAGGAGAUAGUUAAGUACCUUUACUCUGUAACAAGAGACGUUGAGCCUAGUCCUUUUUCCGGCCAAGAUGGUGCUAGGUUAUUAUGCAACGCAAUUGAUGCUAAUUUCUAUGAUUUGUCAUUGUGUCUAGUCAAACGGUUUCCGAAACUGAUUACAAAAAAAUCAAAAGAGCACGAAAUGUGUGGAUUAGAAUUGUUGGUUCGGAAGCCAUUUUCAUUUCGAAGUGGAACAAAGCUGACAUGGUGGCAGGACCGCAUAUAUUCAUUAAUUCAAGUGAACAUGAAUUCUGCAUAUAUCGAACCAGUCGAACCAAAUACUUCCCAAACAUCAGAUGACAUCCUAAGAAAAGAAGGCACCAACGCAGAGGCGACCUCAACCAACGGUGAAGGAAUCCUCAUGCGUUACUUAACACAAGUGCCUCUUAUCAAAAAAAUUUACAACCAAAAGUUGAUGAAUGAGCAAGUGACUUCCCUUCUAAAACAAAUGCUAGUGGAACUCCAAGAUGCAAAGAGUAUUCCUGAGAUAAUAAAGUUUUUCCAAAGUAAUCCCGAAAUUAUCAAGGUAGCUAUAAAGCAUGGAAUCAUAGAGUUUGUCGUUGAGUGUCUCGAGCUGUUCGAUUACCUGAUUUGGGAAAAGCUACCAGAUCAGAGAAUGAUAGAAAUGGCAAUUGCACAAAGAAAUGUAUCGAUUGUGAGUUUAAUAUGUGAUCACAGUCAUGACGGAUAUGGUGACCGGAAUGGACUAGUUUCAACUUUAGAUGAUGACGAAAAUACCAUCUUGCAUUAUGCUGCCAAAAUAGCACCUUCUGUUCAACUAAAUUUAGUUUCAGGUGUGGCUCUUCAGGUGCAACGAGAGCUGCAGUGGCUUAAGGGGGUGGAGAGUAUUAUGUCCGAAGAUGAUAAGUUCAAAAGGAAUAAAGAAGGAUAUACUGCUCAAUUUGUAUUUACAACAGAACACAAAGAACUAUUGAAAGAAGCAGAGGAUUGGAUGAAAGAUACGUCUGGAUCUUGCAUGAUAGUUGCUGCCCUGAUUGCUACGGUAGCAUUUGCCGCCGCUUUUACGGUUCCUGGAGGUAAUAUUAGUGACACUAGUAGCAUUAAGAACGGAGCUCCUGUUUUCUUAGGAAAGGAUUCUUUUACGGUGUUCGCGGUCGCAGACGCCUUCGCUUUAUUCUCUUCUAUAACAUCGGUACUCAUGUUCUUGGCUAUAUAUACUUCACGAUAUGCGGAGAUGGAUUUUCUUAAGUCUCUGCCACAAAAACUAAUUAUCGGUCUUGCUACUCUAUUCACUUCUAUGGCGGCAAUACUGGUAGCCUUUUGUGCAUCACUGUUCAUCGUGGUCGGAAACAAGGGUCUAAUUCCUAUAGUAUUAUUUGGUUGUGUUCCUGUGGUCUUGUUUGCAUGGCUGCAAUUACCAUUGUUUUAUGAAAUGGUUCGUUCAACAUAUUGGGGUAGCCUAUUACAAAAACACAAGUAUAUGGAUCCUACAAAUGAGGAGGAGGAGGAGAACGACAAUAAAACAGAGAGCAUAGUAAUCCGGGCCAAAAAGUUGAUUAGCUCGUGUUGGUCACCAUGAACAAAAGUCCCUUAGCUAGGCCUCGAAAUUAAUAUUUGUGAAAUGUCAUGUACCAUAUUGGUUGUUUAUUGGGCAGGGAGGUGUAAUUCAAGGGAUUAUGAAAGCUCAUUUAUGUGUUUAAUUCAAUGCAAUUUCUUAGUGCAUGUUAUUUAAUCUUA